AUGGGAGUCAGUUUAAUUGAAGGGACAAAUGGUGAGGAUCGGGAGUCUAGACAUGACCGUGUGCCAAGACUAGAGCUUCAGUCUCUUAUUACUGAUACAUUUCAUGGCAAAGGAUUUCAUGUGAUAGAAGAGUAUCUUCAGCAGAAAGAGAGCCAAGUGCCUCAGAAAUAUAACCAUCUUCUCCUACGCCAUCUUGACAGAUUGAUAAAAGAGGAGCUGGAUAAAAACAAGUUCCAGAAUUGUUCCCUGCUGCUGAAAUGUAUCCAGAGAUUCUUCAGGGAUGACCCAGACCAAGAGGAACCUUUGCUUAUUCAGCAGGGACUGAUCCCAAAGAUGGUUUCCUGGUUUGAAACAAUAACAAGACUUCUGAUCUCCAAUGUGCUGGCCUCGGAGGCACUGCUGACCAAUGCUGUGGAAGACUUCCUAGACACUGCCCUGGUCAUUUCCAGGCAUAGCAGGAAAGGGACAAUCCAGAUGUUGGAUUCCUUCAUACUUUGCUUGGGAUUCCUGGUGGCAGAAGACUCCUUGAGGCCCUCCAUUCAGCAGGAGGCUCUGUGGACUUUGAACUGCAUUUUGAACGCUGCACCCCAGGGAGAGAGAAGAAAGCUCUCUUCAGCAGAAGGCACGUGCCAUCUUAUGAAAGAAUUGGCAAGGACAAUCUUGACCGUGGGCGACUAUAACCAGCAGGUUGCCCUCUCUGAGGUGCUGUGUCGAAUGUCUGUUGGAACGCUGAGGAAUGAACUUGCUGUUCAGUGGUUUGAUGAUGCCGCCCUGGCUGGAGCUUUCAAAAAGAUUAAGAAUCGGGAAUUUGAGACGGACUGUCGGCAGUUCCUCACUUUCCUGAAUAACAGACUUGGCGACCAGAGAAGGGUCUACUCAUUCCCAUGCUUGACUGCUUUUGCUGAUGAGCAGGAGAUGAGAAAACCAGCAGAUGAAAAAUUAGAGGAAUUUUGGAUUGAUUUCAACCUAGGAAGCCAGAGCGUGACUUUUUACAUAGACAAUGCUGAGAGUACUCUGUGGGAGCCAGUACAACUUUUGAAGGAAGCUAUGGUCAAGUUCAUCAUUACAGAAAAUGAUAGGAUAAAGAUGUUCAUCGUUUACCUGAAGCAGCCAAUUGUUAUCAGCAAGAGAGAAGCAAAGAAAAUAGAAAUCCACUUCGAUAGGCAAUUUGACAUUUUACAAGCUUCCGUUCGAGCUUUGGGAGAAGACAAACAGGCCUCUUCAUUUCAGAGUCCUGUUUUGAUAAAAGUCUUCUCUGGCCUUGGAAAAGAAGAUGGUGAGAUUCCUAAUAGCUGCAAAAGAGAAACAGAGGAUGUGAAAGAAUCCACAAUCCUUCCAGAGUUCGUGGAUGCUGAAGUUAAUAGAUGCCUAAUAACUCGCCACUUUAAUGUCCAGUCGGUGUCUGCUGUGAGUAAAGGAAAUGGAAGGUUGGGAUUCCAAACAAAACCAGAAGAUCAUUCAUCUGAAAACUCAAAACCAGAUGAGCCUGAACAAGUUACUUCAGAAUAUGAGGAUCCUGCGGAUGUGCAAGAACUGUCAAUUCAAAAUCAGGCUUCUGAAUUAAACAAUGCAAAGGGAGAUUCUGCUUUUGUGGAGGAUAGAGAACAGGACGGGAUGCUGCCUUUGGAUGAUAGGAGACAUUUCUUCUUGGAGAGUAACGAAGAGUCAAGUUCAAGUACCAGUGAGCGAUCCUGGACCCAGAACCACAGGAGAAAAUCCCUAAGAACUUAUUCACAGAGGAGGAAGCCGGGGGUCCGUUCUCUACGCAUCCUACCACUCUCCCCGGCCAGAAGUGGCAGUGCUCCUGAGAAAGAUGAAACUGAGCUAACACUACUAUGGAAAAGCAUCUCCAGGAGAAAUGAUUCCACUCUUUUGAAAAUUUCUGAAACAAAACUACAAGAUAGUUCUGUGCUUUUAACUCCUGAGGCAUCUACACAGAAAAUAGAACUCCAAAGUCCUCCUCUGCCCAGCAGACUGUCUUCCUUAGAGGACCCAGAAGUGGAGGAAGAUGUACCUGAGAUUGUGAACCGAGAACCAUUCAUGGGGAACAGUAGCUUCAAGCACAAGCUAGGAAACUUGGAACACAGAGAGAUACCCGAUGGGAGUGUUGUUGCGGUAAAGCAAUCAAGAUUAGAAGAUGCUCCAGGAUUCCCCAUUGUGACAGACAUUUCUACUCCAUCUCAAGAGGAUGUGCCAGAAAAUGCAAAUGGGUCUGCUUUUAAAACGGCCUUUGAAAACUUCACUAGGGAUCUGAAAAGAAAACUUGAGCUUAGACUCAAGCAGAAAGAGAUUCCAUUCUCUUCAGAAAAGGCAAAGGAAGUACCAGCUUGCCUAAUAAGACUUUGGAACCAGAUACACAUAUGCAGACUGGACAAGCUGGAGAGGUUUCACAGCUCCAUCCUUCAGGAGCUGAGCAGCUUGGAGAGGGAUCUUCAGACACUGGAAUGCCUCGAGAAGGGUGCUCUGGCAAGUUCAUUGCUUGUGCUGCCUCUGGGACAAAAGAGAACCUUUCUAGGCAAAAACAACAACAAAAAUAAGCGGAGUGUUUAA